AUGGACAAGUUUAAGGAAAAGAUAGAUGAGGCGCCGUCGAUCGGCUCCAGCAGCUGGGUGGUGGAGAUGGAAGCGACGAUCCGCGACAUCGACCCGGAGGUGGAGAUGGCGCGGUGGAAGCGCCACUCCAUCUACCAGGUGCCGGAGCGGAUCAAGAACCUGCACAACAGCAAGGCGUACCGGCCGGAGCUGGUGUCGCUGGGGCCCUUCCACCACGGCGAGCCCGACCUGCUCCCCAUGGAGGAGCACAAGCGCCGGGCGGUGGUGCACCUGGUCAAGCGCUCCGGGAGGCCGCUGCGGGACUUCGUGGCCGCCGUGGCGGAGGCCACGCAGCAGCUGCAGGAGGCGUACAAGGACCUCGCCGGCCAAUGGCGCGGGGCGGAGAACCGGCAGCGGUUUGUGGAGCUCAUGGUCACCGACGGCUGCUUUCUGGUGGAGGCCAUGAGGAUGGACGCGCUGGGUGGGAAGGUGGACGAUGAUUACGCGCCCAACGACCCCGUCUUUAGCCAGUAUGGCUAUCUUUACAUGUGGCGGUAUAUCCAGUCGGACAUGGUCAUCAUGGAGAACCAACUGCCUCUGCUUCUUCUCCACAGGCUACUAGUCGUUCUGGAUCAUGACAAAUAUCAGGACGCUCGAGAGAUCAGUAAGUUGGUGCUUGAUUCCCUGUGUCCAUGGCGUCGACACAUGGUUGAAACUAAUAACCCAUUGGGGCUCCACCCCCUUGACAUCUUACACCAAAGCCUCACCCAUGACGAUCACCAAGACCGCAAAGGUUCGAAGGCUUAUGUCAUGCCCUCCGCAAUAGAGAUCUACGAAGCAGGAAUUAAUUUCAAGGUGAGCGAGACUGACAGUCUCCUCGACGUGCACUUUGAAAAAGGCGUGCUAAGCAUGCCGGCGGUUAGGGUCGACGAAUGCACUGAGAAGAGGUUUCUCAAUCUGAUGGCAUUCGAACGCCUCCACCCUGCUGCUGGCAAUGCGGUGACGGCCUACGUUAUCUUCAUGGACAACAUGAUUAGCUCAGCCAAGGAUGUAGCCCUGCUCAGAUGUAAGAAUAUUAUCGAGAGUGGGUUGGGCAGCGAUGAAGAGGUAGCUAAACUCCUCAACAACACGCUAAACAAGGGAGGAGUGAUGAGCCCAUCUAGCAGGCUCCAUGAUGUGCAGCGGCAGGUGAAUGCCCACUGCAUGAAGAGCUGGAAUAGGUGGCGGGCUAACUUCAUACAAACCUACCUGAGGAAUCCUUGGGUGUUCAUUUCCCUCGUCGCCACUAUUAUUUUAUUAGUUGCCACACUCUUGCAGACCGUCUAUACGGUUGCACCUUUCUAUAAGUACAUGUCAACCUAG